AUCCCAUACCGUACGUUGAUAGUGUCAAGAGUCGCCAUGAACCAAUCCACAUCUCUGCAAUACUAAUUAUCAAGCAUYCGACAAACCUAACAAGUACCGCAGUGUGAAAUAUCAAAUUGGUGAUUGAAUCUUUGGCAUGGGUAAUCUUCUUUAAACGACGGUACAGUAAUCCUCAAAACUUUUCUCUGAAUCUAACAUUAUGAAAAUGAAGAACCCUCGUUCUUCGGAACUAGUGUUUUCUGGCUUCUGUCAGAUCGAAGUAACUGCCGAUGACUUCCGGAAGACCGUCAAAAAUGAGGGGGUCGCCAAGGGAAGCGAAAAAAAGAAAAACACUACACACUCGAAAAGCAUGACAAAAAGGAUAGGACAAAUAUUGAAUUCCCGUAAGAAAAAGUGCCCCACGAAUGCCAACGAACAUAACGACAACGAUAGAAAUUCUUUAUCGGGAUUCAGYAACAAUGGUCAACAAUCUGUCGCAAACAAGUCCAUAGACAGUGGGACAACGAUCAACGCUUCAAAUCUUCAUUUCGAGAAAAUAUAUUCARCGAAGACARCAACCCCAACGUGUGAAAUUUCUUCCUUAUCCAAAACCGCUGUCGUUGUCGGCAAAAGAGAAGACAAUGAACUGAUCAUUAAUGAYAAAAAMAAUGAAAACGAWCGACGAGUCCGAUCACAGAGAACAUGGAAAUCUCUGAGGCGACUCGUAAACAAGGGACGAAACAGCAAACAGCAAUCGCAAUCAGUAGCUUCUCUGGAAUACUCUGAUACGAAYGCAAGGAAGCCAUUUCAUAGACGCCACGCCAAGUCUCACGAUGGAGCGGUGUCAUUAGGAGUGAUUCCGUCCUCGUCUUUUCUAAAUACYAGUUACCCCAUGCGGAAAAGAUUUUACAGCGAGGGCAUUGGUACAGAAGAGCAAAAACGACAACAUUACCGUGCUAACAAGUCUUUUUCAGGAGGAAUUCACUAUGGAUCUAAAUCUCGACACGCUUUUGAUCAGGUGAUUCGCGGCAGAUUGGAUGGAAUCGAUUUGCUCAGUCUGGGGCCGGUAUGUCGAACUUCUUUGCCCGACAAAUCACUCGAUAUUAUGAGUAAAGUUGAAACAAAKAAAUCAAAUCCUCCAGCACAGUGCAACAUCAGCGACGGCGACGAUAGUGAAAACGAAUCCUUUGACCCCMUCCAUUACUCGUUUACCACUCUACAACGUACCKUGUCACCUGGAAAGCUUGUCGACGAAAUGAUAUGGUCAUCUGCUGUAGUAGAUCAACCUGAAGUUAUCUUAGAAGGUUUUUAUCCCGGCGGUAAUGAUCGUUGGAGCGUUCGCAUCCCAUCAUCAUCUUCAUUAGAAGAGCAACUUGUUUCAAAAUCUUCGGAAGCAGCCGAAAAUAGUAAUCAAUCGUUGUCGCCGCUAUCGGCAUUUAUUACGAAAAAAGCAAGCAGUAGUGACGACGACUCGACAGCAGUCUCCUCGUGGCAUACUCACAAGACAGAUUUCGAUGGGAGUACCAACAUACCUAUUGAUGAGCUAUGGAAUAGUCUUUGGGGUUUGGUUGCUACCCCGCCUCCGAUACCCUCUCAUAUGAACACACAAAUGGUAACAAUGGUAGCGAAGGCGGCUGAUUGCAACGAAGAAGAAUACCACAUGGUCAAUGAGGAAGAAGAAAUUCAGAAAAUCGUUGAGACGUGCAAUGUUCCUGUCGACUUGGAUGAUGACGCCUUUAUUAUUGAUUGUCCUCAACACCUGCAGUCAAUACACGAACUCCUYAUGGUACCUCUGCAAUCCCGUUGCUUUGAUUCAGUUGUAUCUAUUUUCAAGAAAGUACUGCGGGGAUUACAAGGAAACAAAAAGUUGAAGCACCUCAAUGGGAGCACUAAUCAUAACAUUGGUAUGAUUCACCUYUGCCGAGGUAAUUAUAAAGAUGCCAUGCAAUCAUUUCAAAAGGCCGUUGAUAUUCGAAAAGGUUGUUUACCUUCAUAUCAUCCCGAUAUUGUUGUAUCUCUGCAGCGCAAAGGUAUGGCCCAGUUUGGAUUAGGUUUGGUGGGCGACGCGUUGGUGAGUUUUGAAUCUUCUCUCGCGAUUUAUACGCCUGUUGACAAUACUAGGGCGAAGAUUCUGAAUAAUAUUGGAGUGGCGAGAUACCAGCUCGAAGAUUAUGGACAAGCCCUGAAAUCGUUCACGGCAGCACUAGAAAUUCAACGCCCUUGGAUAGAAGGUCCUAUUCGUCGAGAAUCUGUUGUCUAUAGUGCAUCCACUAUACUAUCAAACAUCGGGAAAGUUUAUCUGGAAAAGGGAGACCAUGAUUUGGCAUAUUUUGUUUUCGAAGAAGCUUAUUUGAUGCAAACUUCAACGUUUUCAAAGGACCACAGUAUUGCUCUAAGCAGUUUGGACAACAUGGCAAGGUCUCUUGCAAARAACGGCAACUAUGUAGAAGCACUGCGGAUAUUUACUAGCUUGUAUCGAUCUCAAGAAKCAAAAUUCGGUCCCGAUAGUGAGAUAUGCAUUGAGACAGUCGGAAUCAUGGGAAUAGCCCAUUACAAGCUGUUAGAGUAUGAAGAAGCAGAAAAAUGCAUGAAGAGAGUUGACACAUGGCAUAUCAAGCACGGCAUAGAUCAAUACCAUCCGUCGGCAUUAAUUAAAGACAAACAAUUCAAGUUAAUCAAAGAAGGACUUCAGGGAAACGAGCCAAUGUGGGUAUAAAAUGAGGAAAGAUCUAUCCCAAUAAUACGCUGCUUUAUUU